AUGUCUCUUAUCGACGCUGGCAGGGCCCUUCUUAGUCUGCCGCAAGCCCUAUUGUAUCCUCCACCACAAACAACAUCUGCUCCUCUCGUUACGGUCAGAAACGGCACAUACUCUGGAGUAUAUAAUUCUCAAUAUGACCAAGACUACUUCCUUGGUGUGCCAUUUGCUCAGCCACCAGUGCGUUUCUCCAUAGCCCAAGGACUCAAUACAACAUGGGACGGUAUCCGAACAGCACAUGAGUAUCCGGUUCAUUGUUACGGCUACGGAUGGGAUCAAGAUGGCUUCGAGCAGUCCGAAGAUUGUCUGUAUCUAAAUAUAGUGCGACCUGCAGGCCUUCACAACCAUGGUCUUCCAGUCGCUGCUUGGAUUCAUGGAGGUGGUCUAUGGAUGGGUGGUGCUGCGGACCCGCGAUACAACCUUUCCUUCAUUGUUGAGCAAAGUGUUGCACUGGGGAAGCCAGUCAUUGGAGUCAGCCUCAAUUAUCGUCUUUCGGCAUUCGGGUUCCUCAUGGGUAAAGAGGCCAUCAAAGAAGGUGUCGCGAAUCUUGGGUUUCGUGAUCAAAGACUUGCACUCAGUUGGAUCAACGAGAACAUCGCGGCAUUCGGAGGCGACCCCAACAAAGUCACCAUUUUUGGGGAGAGCUCUGGCGCCGAAAGUGUUGCUGCUCAAGUGUUCGCGUUUAAUGGACGAGACGAUGGUCUCUUCAGGGGGGCUAUUGGGGAGUCCGGGUUUGGCGCACCCCUUGGCCGAUACCCAGGUGGCUUCAAUGCGACUGAGCGUCCACAGGGUACUUACGACUCUUUUGUCAGGUCUGUUCCAUCAUGUAAGAAGCUGGCGGGGUCAGACUCGACUCUAGACUGCCUACGCAGGGUGCCUUCUGAGGAGAUUGACUUAGCUUUGCGAUCCAGCGGUGGCCAAAGUUGGGCUCCUGUCUUGGAUGGUGACUUCUUUGCGGAUUAUACUACGAACCAAUUGGCCAGUGGGCGUUUCCUCAAAAUACCAAUUCUUAUAGGAGCGAAUACAGAUGAAGGGACAUCUUUUGGUUUUAGGCGUGUUGACGACGAUGAUGAUUUAAGAGCAGGGAUCAAGGUCAUGAUGAUUCCAUACGGAGUUGAGAAGACUACUGGAAAGAUCCGAGACGGACUCGUCGAUGAGCUGCUGGAGCGCUAUCCCAACAACCAAAGUAUCGGAAUCCCGUCCUUGGAGACCUGGCCACACGUUAUUCAACCAGGUGAUGGGUACGCUGAGGAAUUUGGACUUCAGUAUCGUCGAGAUAACGCAAUAUUCGGAGACUAUGUCAUGCAGUACCAACGACGUCGUGCGAACAAGGCUUGGGCAAAGCAUGGCGUACCCAGCUAUGUAUAUCGCUUCAAUAUCAGGCCGAACGGACAGCCACCGGAGGCUGGAGUGGGACAUUUCCAAGAAGUCGCUUUUGUGUUUCAUAACACCAAUGGCGAUGGAUAUGAGCCUAAUCCAUUUGGAGGUAAUGGAACAUAUCCAGCCGAUGCUAAAGCCAUGUCCAAGACGAUCAGCACUGCUUGGAUCAACUUCAUCAAUGACCUUGAUCCUAAUGGCGAUUCUGGGCCGGAACUAUUCAAUGGUAACAAGUGGCCUACCUAUGAACUGUCUGGUGGGCCCAAUGGGAAAGGUGUGGUCUUCAACAUCAAUGGAACGCAUAUUGAGGUUGAUGAUUGGAGAGCUGGGGGCAUGGAGUGGAUGGCGGAGCAUGCUUUGACGGUUUUUGGAAACUAG